AUAAUAUAUACGAUGAGUUCAGGUUCUUCAUUAAAAUGUGGCUAUUGUGACUAUAUUCUUCAUGGGUCUUGUGGAAAUGCUCUCGCACAUCACUGUUUCAGCGAUUUUAGUGAGCACUUACAUGCCAUCAAUGUAGAUGAAAACUCUGUUGUUACAAUGUUGCAGAGAUAUGACAGUGAUGCAGAAGAGAUGGAAGAUGCUGCUAAUAAUAUGUCAGAAGCAAUUUUUGGUACAAACAACCCAAAGCAAACAGUAGAUGAACUGCUCAUCGAUCUUGUUCAUGAGCGUAAGGCUUUGUGGGAUCAUAGAUUAUCUACCAAAGAAAGAACAAAUUUAAAACGAAAUGCUUUGUGGAACGAGAUUGUCAAUAGUCUUGGAGAUAAGAUCAUUUCAUUGUAUUAUUAAUAUAUAUUAUUUGCAAAUUUACGCACGCGUUUGCAUUUGUACUAAAGAUUUCUGUUU